CGCAACUCGCUCGUACCUUUUGUCGCGCCAUCGCGUCCACGGGCGGUGUAAAUAAAUCGAAGCCACGCGAAAUCGGUCGAUGGAAAACGACGAGCCGCGUGAACAGUGGACAGGAAGAACGAUUUUAUUUAUUUUAUUCGACGUUCGUAUCGCACGCAGUUUUAAUAACACGUCACGAACGAGAUAAAUCAAAAGAAAAAGAGUGCGGCGAACGUGAUCGUAAAACCUAACCUCGUGAGAAGUACUUGGUAAAAUAGGAAAGAAUAACGCGAGAUAACAACGUGCUUGUCGUUAUCGACUUCGUUCUGUCUCGUUAAUUCCCUACGUUUUCCGUUGGAAACACGACGUGACAUCGACUUAUCGAAAACCAAAAUUCGAAACUGUGACUUAACCUCCUGGGCGAUUCUUUACUGCUUGUUCUCGCGAAUUUUUAGGCCGAGUUUUCGGAUGGCAUUUCAGCUCUCUCGGUUUCGUCGACGUUAGGUGCAGCGUCGUUACAUAAGCGUUCCGCGUCACACAUCAGGACGAUCAACAAUAACAGUUCGUGCUAAUCCUUGGCACAGUCUCGUCGCUCAACGGCCACGCGGACGGGAAGCGAUAAUCGACCAUGUCGAUAGUCGCGCGUCUCGCGGUUGUGAUCUCGAUUUGCGGGUUUAUCGCGUCGACCGAGUCCCAAGAAACGUGUUCGGACCCCGUUUGGGAAAAAAUUGGCGGGAUUAGGCCAGAAUCCGUGAAAUCACAAACGGUUCUAUUUAGCUCUAUAAACUCGAAUGGGAUCACCAAGCCUUGUUUCGAGAGAUGCAAGAGGGAAAACUGUACCGCGUUCGUCGUAGAUUUCGGCAGAAGCAUUUGUUACAGCGUCGAGAUGGAAGAUGACGAACUGGUGCCGGAAGCCAACUCGACGUUUUAUCAUCGAGUCUGCGUAAGAGUUCCAGCAACCUGCAGACGAAAGAGCCUUUGGCAGGUGGAAAGAAACGCUGGAGCAGUGUUCAUCGAUUCAGGCGCGUUUCAUUUGCCACAAUCGAUCACCAGAAACCAAUGUUACGAAAAAUGCAUACAGAUUGGUAAAAGCUGCGAGUCGGCACAAUUUCGGACAACGAGGCCACUUUCUGCCAACAACGCGAUGGGCAGAUGUACCCUGUCGUUGCUCGAGAGGGGGACGAGACCACAAGCCUACAGAGUCUCGAUGUACAGGGACGAAUAUCUUCGUGACCAAUGUCGGAACGUGUCUAAACGCGAGUACUGCUCUUACGCGGAGUUUCGAAACACGACGUUACCGUAUUCGGACGUCGCCCUGACCAACCUGGACGCGAAGCAGUGCGAGAGAAGGUGCGAUCUCAGCGCGGACGGUUUCGUGUGCCGUGGCUACACUCUGGACAACUCAUCCGGCGAGUCGUUGUGCCUGUUGCACUCGGAGGACACGGUCGGCCUGGGCGUCAGUUCGCUGAUCACCACCGCGAACGCCGUUUACAAAGAACGAGAACCAUGUCUGGACCUGAAGGUACGAUGCAACGAUACGGCGAUGACGAUCGAGCUGAGGACGAACGACGCGUUCUUCGGUCGAGUUUAUGCAACUGGCCACGCGGAGACUUGCGGCGUUCAGGGUUACGGGUCAAAUCGAACCACGUUAACGUUACCGCUGCCUCGCGCCGAAGAUCUACGCAAGCUGAUGCCCAAGUGUGGCCUGAAUCCCGCGUUUUCCAUCGACGAUCGAAAUCGAACACGACCGCUGGUUUGGACGACGAUCGUGGUGCAGUUCAACCCCAUAGUUCAGCGACUGGGCGAUCAGGCGGUCAGGGUUGGAUGCUCGUUGAACGAUCACGAGCCCCCGGAACCGAGAAACAUCACCGUCCAUUCGAGCUUCAGCUUUUUAGAUCCAAACGCAGGAGUGCCACCGAUAUCGUCGACCAUCGUGAACGCCUCGUCGCAAGCGCCGUUGGUCACUAUGAGGAUCCUGGAUGAGAACUUAAAGGACGCGGUCGUCACGCACCUGGGACAGAAGCUCACUUUGAAGAUCCAGCUAAGUCCAGCGAAUGGUCCAUACGACAUCAUCGCCGGACACCUAGUCGCCAGCAGCGCUUCCGGUGACGCCUCCUUCCUACUUCUGGACGAAGUCGGCUGCCCCACGGACUCGUCAACCUUCCCUGCCUUGGCAAAAGACCCGCGCGAUGGUCGUUCUCUGACCUCGACGUUCACCGCCUUCAAGUUCCCCAACAGUCAGCUGGUCAGAUUCAACGUGAUCGUUCGAUUCUGUUCGGAGGAAUGUACUCCUACCAAAUGUACAGGCGGUCAUCUCUCCUAUGGAAGAAGAAAACGUGAGACUGGGCUACCAAAUGGUGCCCCUUACAACGCCACAGUGACGCAGGUAUCUCAAGACGUGACCCCUGAAGAGCUACCGCUGCAACUCUCCAUAAUCGUUCAAAAUUCCGUCCCGUCGUCGGCGGAUCGUUUAUCGUCAAGGGAAAACGGGUCACCAGAUACCGUCUUAAUCACCAAUGGAAACUCCUCUAUAGACGGGCUUUUUUGCGUCGAUGCCAGUCUCGCCCUAAGUCUACUGAUUUUCUGGCUGAUCGUACAAAUUAUUCUAAUCGUCGGCUGCCUGUUAGCGGUGGCCCAAUACAGACGAACAGCGAUACGAGCAGAGGAGGACAGAGCCAGCGUUUUGGCCAGGCAUCUCUACGGUGUUCACGGGGGCAACUUCGAAGUAGCUCGGAGAGUCAGAUGGGCGGACAACAACGCAUCCUCUUCGUCCCUUGGUUAAUCAUUCGCUGCCUGACCAAGCGUCCCGCUUCAACGUCGCCGCCCUGCUCGACGACGAUCGACUUGCCUUCGACCAGAGUCGAUUUCCACUCUCGAAUGACGAAUAAAAAUGUUUAGAUUCGUUUGUAAUCUAGCUUUUGCACGUAGAAGUUAGUUUACAAACAAAUCUAGAAGUAUUCGUUACUCGUGAAAGGAAAUACGCCAUACUCUGACUGCAUUAACCCCUUACGCUAGAACGACGUCUAUGACACGUUGAGUGACUUUAUUGUUUUUGAAAGCAGUACAUCGUGUAGC